GUGAGUUCUGCGCGGUCAGAUUACUUCCAAAUUCAACAAUGGAGCGAGACGGCAAAGGAAGUUUGUGCUCUGAUCCGGAGCAUCACACAGGCGAGGUAUCCUCGCUGACAAGCAGUCAACCCAGUAAGGAUCGGGUGGUGCUGAAACGUCAGAUCGGCUUGUGGGGAUGCAUUGCUCUAGUCGUGGGUACGGUCAUCGGUUCGGGGAUCUUCAUCUCCCCGAAGGGAGUCCUCGAAAACACCGGUAGCGUGGGCCUGUCGCUGGUCGUCUGGGUGUCCUGCGGUGUGCUGUCCACCAUCGGCGCCCUGUGCUACGCGGAGCUAGGCACCAUGAUCCCCCGCUCCGGGGGCGACUUCACCUAUCUCUUGGAGAGUUUCGGGGCUGUGCCGGCGUUCCUGCGAGUCUACACGCUUGUUGUCGCUGCCCGCACGGGAACAUCAGCUAUCCUGAUGAUAACGGCGGCCACCUACUUGGCCGGGCCGUUCUUUGGGGAGUGCAACCCGCCAAGGAUUGUCAUACAGCUAUUGGGCGCUUCUUUGUUAGCUGCUAUCUUUUGCUUGAAUUGUGUGAGUGUCCCAUGGAGCAAUCGGGUACAAAUUAUCUUCACUGUCGCUAAGGUUGCAGGGCUAGUCAUCAUCAUUAUCGCAGGGUUUGUCGUCAUUAUUCAAGGUCAAACUGAAAACUUUCAGAGUGGAUUCACCCCAGUUAUCGAUGUUUCACCAGCGAAGAUUCCACUAGCGUUCUAUUCGGGUCUCUUUGCUUACGGAGGGUGGCAAUACCUUCCGUGUGUCACAGAGGAAAUGAUUAAUCCAUCAAGAAAUCUUCCACUGGGCAUCAUCGUGUCGAUGGUUGUGAUUACCAUUGGCUACAUCCUGGCCAAUCUGGCGUAUUAUGCAGUCCUUUCCCCGGUGGAUUUAUUGGCUUCAAACGCCGUUGCACUGACUUUUGGUGAACGUGUCUUGGGCUCAUGGUCUGUGAUUUGUUCGGUGGCCGUUGCAUUGUCUUGCAUCGGAGGUGCAAAUGGAACGAUCUUUGGAGUUUCCAGGACUCUGAUGGUGUCGUCACAAGAGGGCGUUAUGCCUCAAGUCCUUGGGAUGAUCCACGUACACUACAAGACGCCGUUACCAGCAGCAGUUGCUUUUUUCCCCAUCGCCGUGUGCAUGCUGAUCUUUGCAGACAUUGGCACAAUUCUUAACUACAUGAGCUUUUCCAACUGGGUUUUCGUAUGCCUGUCGCUCGCCGUCAUCCCAUAUUACAGAUGGAAGUAUCCAGACCUGCCCAGACCAUUCAAGGUUCCGAUCAUUCUACCGUUCAUUUUCAUCAUCUGUGGCUUGUUUGUGUUGGCUGUCUCCCUCUACUCCUCCCCGAUGGAUUGUGGCAUCGGAGCCGCCAUCACUGUGGCAGGGAUACCACUCUAUCUCCUCUUCGUCUGGUGGGAGAACAAGCCCACCUGGUUUACCAAUGCAAUGGAUGCACUGACGUCUUUCCUGCAGAGAUUUCUUCUGAUAGUGCCGUCAGAGAAAAAGUCAGACUAGUUACAAGUCCACUGAAAAAUGAAUGAUACUGCCACAAUAAAAUAGGUUUGCACUUGGAAUAUUUAGAUAAAAUGUAGUGGCACUCUGAAUGAGUUAAGUAUAAUAUAUAUAUGAUACCUGCCUGUUUUAGACAACUUUUUUCCUUAUUGUUCACCUAGUUUUUAAAGGUUUUUCUUUAUAUAAGUUUUAGUUUGUUCUUAAAUUUUAACUGGUUCAUUUUUAUU